CAGAAAAUGGCGUCUGCUAAAGCACUCCGCUUUGGUCAGAGUUUAAAAGAGCUAAGAAUUCAUUUAUGCCAGAAAUCUGCUGCAAGUCAGGGCGUCAGAGAGUUCAUAGAGAAUUUCUAUGUUGGUGUUAAGCAGAGCAAUCCUAAAUUUCCUAUCUUAAUUAGAGAAUGCAGUGGAGUACAACCAAAAGUGUAUGCCAGAUAUGAAUUUGGAAAAGAACAUAGCCUACCAUUAUCCAACAUGACAAAAGAUCAAGUGUUGGAUGCUUUGAAAACAUUAUCACAGAGAUCUUGAUAUUUAUAACAAGCUGGUUGUUUGUGAAUGGCUAAUAGUUUUGUUCAUACACGUGACUUAAAGGACUGUAAAAUAAAUCUUAAACUAGAA